UGCUGUGGAUACUUCAGUGAAGCUACAAUGAGCUAGAAAAACAUGUCGCUGAUGAAAAAUGUAUUUUAAAAUGUCUUUAAAACACAACAGUCGUUAUUACUGAACGUCACAGUGAGUCGUCGGAUGGAGUAGUGUAAGAGAGCAGCUAGUAAACAUUAGUGUACUGUGUCAGUGUUACAUUAGUGAGUGAAGUGUUACUCUGCAGGAUGCUCAGAGAGUCCUAUCCCUUCGUGGAGGACAGCUUCAGUCGCUUCCCGUCUCAGAGCAACAUCUACGGGUUGUGUCAGGCCGGGGAACAGGAGCUGCUGGCCGCUACUCUCAAAGGGAAGGUGGUGAGCUUCAGAUACCAGGAGCUGCAGCACAAAAUCCGACCUGUGGCCAAAGAGGUGCAGUUCACCUACAUACCAGUUGAUGCAGAGAUUGUAUCAAUUGACGCCUUCAUCAAGUCUCCACCCAAAAGAGGCCUGGUGGUGGGCAUCACCUUCAUAAAGGAUUCUGGUGACAAAGCCACUCCGUUCCUCAAUAUCUACUGUGACUAUGAACCCGGCUCAGAGUUCAACCUGGAGUCCAUUGCUCAAAGUUGCCUGAAUCUGGAGCUGCAGUUCACACCUUUUCAGCUCUACCAUACAGAAGUGCAGUGUGAGGAUGGAAGCAUCGAGACGGUGUUUCUGCUCAGUGGACAUGACCAGAGGAUCCACCUGUACAAGGAGAACGCCUCCCUUCACCAGUUUGAAGAGCAGCCAGUGGAGAGACUCUUCCCUGAACUACAGGAACUGCCCAGCAACGUGUUAUGGUUGGAUGUGUUGAGUAUACCUGGUGGCCGGAGACUGUCUGCAUUCGGCUGUCAGAACGGAUUCGUUGGACUGGCUCUGGUUAACCAGACUGGACCAGAGGUUUUGCAGAGCUGGCGGGUGCAGUUCGACAGUCCAAUCUCCAUAGUGCUGCUGUUUCCGCUCAGCUGCCAAACGGAACCCAACCAGCCUGGUGUAGAGAAAAGAGUGGAGAUGGAAGGAUACAACCUGCUGGUAACCAGCACUAUAGAGAUGGCAGUUGUCUACAGAGAUGUGCAGGACCGGGGUUUGUCUCAUUCGACGUGCCUCUCAGAGAGUGAUCAGUGGGACGCGGUGCUCUGUGCUCUGGUCAUUGACCUGGAUUUUGACGGGCAGAAGGAGGUGCUGUUGGGAACAUAUGGACAGGAACUCCUUUGUUACAAAUUUGGGGCGACAGGAAGCAGAAGAGAUGGAGACUUUCAGCUGCUGUGGAGGCGGAGCUUCAAGAGUCCUUUGCUGUCCAUCAUCUACUUAGACUUGACGGGGGACGGUUUGAGGGAGCUGGCUGUCCUCACACUGAAGGGACUGCAUAUCUUACAGCAUAGUCUCACCUACACCGCUGAUUUGGUCCUGGAACGGCUCACCCAGAAGGUGUCAGCGCUGACUGCCGGCUCUGAGCAGGACUCAACCAAAGACACUGAGGAGAAGGAUGCUCCUGUAAAGAAAGAGGAGAGCACAGUUGUCACACCAUAGAAUUAAGAAAGACAGUGUUCACCUCUGGAGUUCCAGUAGUUCAGACUGAAGCUUUCGCCUUAUUUUAAAGAUGCAAUGUGAGGAAUUUUCUCAAGGGAACCGUAUUCCUGAUUAGUUACAUUUAUAGCUACUAUAGUGAGAAGAUCAAACAUCACUUUCACCAAUCAAAAAAUAACACUGAGGAGACUGUAAGUGAUUGUAAAAGAAAAAAACUGAUGAGUUCAAAUGAAACGAAGCAAAUACAGUGACACUUACUGACCUUUCUUACACUAAUCCCUUAUCUGUGAGGAGGAGUAAGCUCUUUGGAAUUAUGUAAUUAUGUUGUAGACUAGUAGAUGACGCGCUGUAGAUAUUGUACAGCAGUUUGAGGAUAAUAAAUGACACAUUUA